GCCCGGAUCCGCCGCCCACGGUGCCGGCGCUGGAGGCACUCAGGGCUGCCCUGCACAGAGUUUAUGGCUGUCCCAUCCUCCAGCUGGGCAGGAACGUGCCUGGCACGUCCCCUGCCAAGGAGAACGUGGCCAAAGCGGCGUCCUUGUGUCCCAAUGUGCUGCAGGCUGAGGCGCUGCUGGAGUCGGCUGAUAUGUUGUAUGUCAUCUACCCCUAUGUGCAGUACUGCCUGCAUGAUAUCGUGACCUUCAGCCCUGCCAAGCUCACCAACAGCCACGCCAAGAUCCUCUUCCUCCUCUUCCACGUGCUGCAGGCCAUGAGGGCUUGUCACCAGGCGGGUCUGGCUUGUGGGGAUUUCUCCCUUCGGGAUGUGGCUGUGGAUGAGAAGCUAUGCAGCCGGCUGCGUGUGAACUUCAGAGGGUACGAGGGACCAGGGGAGGAGGAGAAUCUGGAGGGUGGUCUGGAACAAGAAAGCAAGCAAAGCUGGGUGCAGAGGCGGGAGGUGACAUGCAGUGCCUGCCAGAAGGACCUCCAAGACCUGGUGUUGCAGUGGGUGCACGGGCAGGUCAGCAACUUUGAUUACUUAAUGCGCCUGAACAGCCUGGCUGGGAGGAGAAUGGGAGACCCCAAUUACCACCCUGUUCUCCCGUGGGUGGUGGACUUCACUACCAAAAACGGCAAGUUCAGGGACCUGAGGAAAUCCAAGUUCCGCCUCAACAAGGGCGACAAGCAGCUGGACUUCACCUACGAGAUGACCAAGCAGGCAUUUGUCGCGGGGGGCUCGAGUGGGGAGCAGCUCCACGUCCCCCACCACAUCUCAGACGUCCUCUCAGACAUCACCUACUACGUGUACACGGCCCGCAGGACGCCCAAGGCAGUGCUGUGCUGCCACGUCAGGUCCCAGUGGGAGCCCAACGAGUACCCAGCCAGCAUGGAGCGCAUGCAGAGCUGGACACCCGACGAGUGCAUCCCAGAGUUCUACACUGACCCCUCCAUCUUCCGCUCCAUCCACCCCGACAUGCCCGACCUGGAUGUGCCCUCGUGGUGCAGCUCCUACGAGGAGUUCAUCCAAGUUCACCGCAUGCUGCUGGAGAGCCGGGAGGUCUCCCAGGACCUGCACCACUGGAUUGAUCUCACCUUUGGCUACAAGCUGCUGGGGAAGGAUGCAGUCAAGGAGAAGAACGUCUGCCUCCACUUGGUGGACAACCACACGCACCUGACGACCUACGGGGUGGUGCAGCUCUUUGACCAGCCCCAUCCCAGGCGCAUGGUGGGACCUGCCUACACUCCUGCUGAAGCUCCAGCCAUUGCCAGGCCUCUGCUGCAGAACAUCCGUGAGACUGUGGUUUUGGAGGACAUCCAAGGCCAGGUGACAGAUGCAGUCAAUGGGCUGGUCCUGGAGGCUACUCCCAGUGAAACCACCUGGUCUGGGGACAAACCCCUGGCUGGUGAGGAUGAUUUGGAGCAAGGCACGGAAGCCCUGGAUUCCAUUCCUGCUCCUGGGAGAGCCCCUGACCAGCCCUGUGGUGCUGUGCCUCCAGCACAGCCCUCCACCCUCCCUGCCUAUGUCACUGAUGGGAAAUCCUCAGGGGUCCGACCGCUCCGUCGGAGCAAGGCAGGGGCUGGGGAUCAGCUGGACAUGAAGAUCACUCUUCCUGAAGGCUUCAACCCGCUCCAGGCCCUGGAGGAACUGGAGAAACUGGACAAUUUCUUGGUUAGAGGCUUAAGCAGCGAGAUGCAGCCGAUGGAGCAGCCGUGGGAAGAGCCACCCUUGGGUCUCUCAGACCUCUUCCAGAGGGACAUGCAAGCCCUGGGCAUCCUGGUAGCUGAGAUUAUAUUUGCUCCGAGGCUUCGUCCCUCCAAGCCCGACGCGUCGCUGCUGGAGCGGUUCCUGAUGGUGAGGAACCUCUGCCGUUACCAUCCCAAGGAGAUCCCGGCCCCACUGCAGCACGUGCUGCAUGUCCUGCUGCAGCUCAGCAUGCCCGUGGAGAAGCUGCUGAAGAGCAGAAUGGGCAAGGGCACAGUGCAGCUGUUUGAGUACAAACCCAUCUCCCAGGGCCUCCCCCCUCCCUGUCCCACGCAGCUCCUCAGCCCCUUCAGCUCCAUUGUCCCCUUCCCCACGUACUUCCCAGCUCUGCACAAGUUCAUUUUCACCUAUCAGGCAAAGAAGAUUGAGGAUGAAGGGCAAGGCCGGGAGCUUGUUUUCCAGCUGUGGCAGCAGCUGGAGGGGAUCCUUGCUGAAAUCACUCCCGAGGGCCUGGAGAUUCUUCUGCCUUUCAUAUUAUCUCUGAUGUCCGAGGAGAACACCGCUGUCUACGCGGCGUGGUACCUCUUUGAGCCCAUAGCUAAAUCCCUGGGGCCCAAGAAUGCCAACAAAUACCUGCUGAAGCCCCUGAUCGGAGCCUACGAGACGCCCUGCUCCCGCCACGGCAGGUUCUACCUGUACACAGACUGCUUUGUGGCCCAGCUGAUUGUGCGCCUGGGGCUGCAGCCCUUCCUCCUGAACCUGCUGCCCCACAUCCUGCAGAUCCUCGUGGGCAUCGAGAGCUCGCGGGAGGAGAGCAAAUCCUUCCUGGGCACUGCUGAGGAUGAUGAGAGUGGAGGGGAGAGCCCGGUGUCGUGUGUGUUUGGGGAGGAGAUCAAGAUGGACGUGGAGCACAGCUCUGCUGCCCUUGACCUUCUGGACUACACCUCUGGGGUCAGCUUCCACGACCAGGCCUACCUGCCCGAGGGUGAGGACUUCCAGAGUGGCCUCUACGUGGGGGAAUCCCUGCAGCCCCAGGAGCAGGAGUCGCUCAGCCUCGGCCGCAUGAGUGACAAGAGCAGCGCCAGCGAGGUGUCCCUGGGCGAGGACAGACCUGCAGACGGGGACUCCCAGAAGGACAAGAGCAGCUUGAAGUCCAUGGACAGCAGCCAGGACCUGAAGCAGAGCGAGGAGUCAGAGGAGGAGGAAGAGGAGCACGAGGAAGAGGAGCAGGAGGACGCGGUGGUGGAUGCGGAGCUGACGGUGGUCGUGGACGCUGCUGGGGCCUCUGUGGAUGUCACCCUGGCUGAUGACAGCAGCGAGCCAGAGGACGGGGAGGGAGAGGAGCUGCCAGAUCACUCUGAUGACAAAGAGCAGACCAUACUGCUGGACACAGCCUGUAAGAUGGUGAGGUGGCUCUCGGCCAAGCUGGGCCCGACCGUCACGUCCCGCUUCAUCGCCAGGAACCUGCUGCGCCUGCUCACCUCCUGCUACGUCGGUCCUACCAGGCAGCAGUUUGUAGCGAGCAGUGAUGAGAACAGUCCCCUGAGCACAGGGAACAUCUACCAGAAGCGGCCUGUGCUGGGAGAUCAGGUGUCCAAGCCAGUGCUGGCCUGCCUCGUGCACGUGGCAUAUCUGUAUGGAGAGCCUGUCCUCACCUACCAGUACCUGCCCUACAUCAGCUACCUGGUUGCGCCCGGCGGCGGCUCCGGCGGCGUGCGGCUCAACAGCCGGAAGGAGGCCGGGCUCCUGGCUGCUGUGACACUGACACAGAAGAUUGUGGUGUGUCUCUCUGACACCACACUGAUGGACAUCCUGCCCAAGAUCAGCCAGGAGGUGCUGCUCCCAGUGCUGGGCUUCCUCACUUCACCAGCUGUCGGUUUCCCCAGUGGAGCCCAGGCCCGUGUUGUGCUGUGUGUGAAGACAAUCAGCCUCAUUGCCUUGAUCUGCCUGAGGAUUGGGCAGGAGAUGGUGCAGCAGCACCUGAGUGACACAGUGAGGAACUUCUUUGGGGCAUUCUCGCUGCUGCAGGAGCUGCAGGACCAGGGGUUGACAGCAGAGUCACUGAGCAGCUGUGAGGUGCCAGUGAUGGAGGUGCCCCUUUCAGAUGGGAAGCUGCUGGCCCUGGAUCCAUCCGUGCUGGUGGAGUUACAGAAGGUGUUCAACCCUGAAAUGGCCUACAUCACCUACAUCCCCUUCUCCUGCUUGCUGGGUGACGUUAUCCGCACGGUUGUGCCCAACCACUCUCUGGUUGAGAAGCUGGCCAGCCUCCACCUGGAGAACGUGAACCCCCAGAACCUGCAGGCUGUUGGCCUGGAGCAAGCACCGAGUGUGGUGGGCUCAGAGCAGGACCCUCGAGGGGCUGAGCCCUUCUCCAGCCCCCAGGAGGACACUCACUCUGGCACUUUUGGCAGUGUCCUGGUGGGGAACCGCAUCCAGGUGCCCGUGGACACGCAGCGGGAGGGCCUGGGCUUGCUGCACCUCAGUGCUGGCACUGAUGGAUUCACUCCCAGCUCCUGCAGCGAGGAGAGUGCCCUGAAGCAGGACCUGCCCCGCAGCACCCACAUGCUCUGUGGGAACUGGCUGGCCUACUGGCAGUACGAGAUCGGGGUGAGCCAGCACGACCCCCGCUUCCACUUCCACCAGAUCAAGCUGCAGAGUUUCUCAGGGCACUCCGGGGCCAUCAAGUGCGUGGCACCGCUGGGCAGCGAGGAUUUCUUCCUGAGUGGCAGCAAGGACAAGACAGUGAGGCUUUGGCCGCUGUACAACUACGGGGAUGGCACCAGCGAGGUGCCCCCGCGCUUCACCUACGCCGAGCACAAGAAGUCAGUGUUCUACGUGAGCCAGCUGGAGGCACCGCAGCACGUGGUGAGCUGUGAUGGCACCGUGCACAUCUGGGACCAGUUCACGGGCAAGCUUCUGCGGACCUUUGAUGAGUUAGACAGCAAAGUGCCCAUCACAGCUGUGACCACCAUGCCACCUCCCUAUCACAGCAUCUCUGUGGCCAGUGCAGACUCUGUGCUGAGGUUCAUCGACCACAGGAAACCAGGACUACAGGUCAUGGCCGGCUUCUCCUCGGGCUUCAUCGUGCUGCUGGACACCAGGACGGGGCUCAUCAUGCGGGGCUGGCCUGCCCACGAGGGAGACAUCCUGCAGAUCAAGGCUGCAGAGGGCAACGUGCUGAUCAGCUCCUCCUCAGAUCACUCCCUGACUGUGUGGAAGGAGCUGGAGCAGAAACCUUUGCACCACUACAAAUCCGCCUCCGAGCCCAUCCACGCCUUCGACCUCUACGGUAACGAGGUGGUCACUGGCACCGUGGCCAACAAGAUCGGGGUCUACUCCAUGCUGGAGUCCUCAGCCCUGCCCAGCAGCACCACCAAGCUGAGCUCAGAGAACUUUCGGGGUACCCUGACCAGCCUGGCAGUGCUGCCCACAAAGUGCCACCUCCUGCUGGGCUCGGACAACGGCGUCAUCCGGCUCCUGGCCUAGGGACCCCCUGGCUGUCCCUGGCGCUGGAAGCCAGCAGCGUGGCUUUGGGAGGAGGCACAGUCAGGUGUUUGUGAGCACAGGAUGCAGAGGGAGGUGUACUUGUUAGGUCUCUGAGGUCUUUCUGUGUCUUGAAAAAGAAAGAAAGAAAAAAAAGCCAUAACUGAGAAGCUGAGAAACCUCCGCCGCUGCUGCUGGGAGAGAUGUUGGGCGUCGUAGGUCACUGCCAGCCCUGCAGAGAGGCCUGGAGCUUUCCUUACCGUGUGUGCCUGAUCCCCAGGGGACUGUGAGCUGCCCUCCACACUAAUAGGGACCACAGGUACCCUCCCUCCUUCAGUUAAGGGGUAGGAGGUACCCCUUGACAAAACACAACAGUUUAGCUACUGCCACCUGCACUUCCCCUCCCCUCCUGAACCCCUGAACAGCCCCACUGGAAUGGCAGAAGCUGGGUUUGGGAACUGCUGCCUUUGGAGCUGCAUCUCCUCCUCCUCAAAGCCCAGAGGAGAUGCUCUGUGAACCCCAGGUUCUGCCAGAUGAGUUAGAGCCUGCAUGGGAGGAGGAGGAGGAGGAGGGGCUCAGCAGGGCCCUUCUGCUGCCGAGCUGGCUGCAGGGCAAGGGCUGGGAUGGAAGGCAGCCAAGGCACGAGCCCCAUCUGCCCUGCCAGAUCCUGUCAGAGUGGGCACAUUGGGGUGGGAAUGUGACUCUAAGGAGGUCAGGAGUAGAUAACUAGAUGCUUCCAUGGGGAUUUUGGCUUCUGGAGCAGUGGGAUAGGGCUGUUGGUUCCUACCCCAGCAUCCCAUGAUGAUGUAAAGAGUGAGGAAUGCCAUGUGUGCUGUGCACUGGCAUUGAUCCUCAGUAAAUCCUAAUCUUCUCUGCUGGUCAGGCUCCUGGGGAAGACAGGACAGCAAAAGGUGCUCAGUUUUGUGCCCUCCUGCCCUUGAAGGGUGAGAGGCAGGAGGCAGGAAUCCAGCCUGGUCUCUGUUUGACCUUUCCUUUGGGACAGCACUGUCUGUUCCCACCCCAAAGACACAGAGGGUGCUCUUUGCCCCACCAGUAGGAGCAGUUUCCUCCCUUCUAUGUCAGCCCCUUUCCCAUCCAUCCUUCAGCCGAGCCGGAGCCAGUACCAGGGGAGUGGGAAGCUCUUGGGCAGAGGAGGAGCCUGCUGAGGGUUGUCCUGGGAGGGGAAAGGGGAGAGGGCUUCCAUCCAGCUGCAGGGAGCUGGGGAGGUGUGGCUGGAGUGGUUGGCCAGUGCUGUCCUACCCAAGGGGAGCUCUCAGUCCCGUGUUGCCUAUUAAGCAUUUGCAAUAGAUGUAAAUAUUUACUUCUAAUAUACUCUUUGAAAGAACUGCA